AUGCCCCCUGAUAGGUUCUCUCCGGAAGGGAAUGUGAAGUAUCCAAUAGCCAACCAUGUUUCAUGCAAUAGUCUUACACCGGAGCGUCAAGCUUUGGUGGACAAUCUGGAGUCUAUUCAAGUACCAACCCAAGUUGAGGAAACUCUGAAGGAUCCAAAGUGGGCAAAAGCAAUGGAUGAAGAAAUGUUGGCAUUACAUAAAAAUCAUACCUGGGAAGUGACAGUUCUACCCAAAGGAAAAAAGACAAUUGGGUGUCGGUGGGUGUUUACAAUUAAAUACAAAGCUGACAGAUCAAUAGACAGGUACAAAGCAAGACAAGAUAAAGUGACACCCUUAAUCAUCUAUAUAGAUGACAUGAUUAUAAUAGGAGAUGAUUUUGAUGGGAUUUUGAAGUUGCAGGGAAACCUUGCCACCGAGUUUGAAAUGAAGACCCUAGGGGAUUUGAAGUAUUUUCUUGGGGUUGAAGUUGCUUACUCAUCUAAAGGGUGUAAGUUGGUAGAUAUUUUCAUUGUUGAAAAACAUCAUCUAUAUUUAGAUCCAAAUCAGAAAUCAGUUGAUAAAGUCUACACUAGGAAAAAAAGUUUGUAUCAUUUGAAGAUUGAAAGGUUCACGGAUGCUGAUUGGGCAGGUGAUGUAAAUGAUAGGCAAUCUACUUCUGGGUAUUUUACUUUUGUUAGAGGGAAUCUGAAACUUUUUUGGGGUCUUGGGUUCAAGCUGAAGAAGACCAUGAAAUUGUGUUGUGAUAACAAAUCAGUGAGAGAUAUAGCUGAUAAUCCAAUGCAGCAUGAUAGGACAAAGCAUGUGGAGGUUGAUUGA